UUCGUUCACAUCUAUUGCUGACUGAGCGCGAGUGAACUAAAUAUAAGACGAUCCGGCAGUCACUCGCUUAGUUUCUGUUGGCAGGGAACAUUCGCGAGAGAAGAAAAAUAAAAAAUAAAUUCCUUGGUGUUAUAUUUAUUAAAGGUUUAAAUAUGUGUGGAAUUUGGGCACUUUUCGGUGUCGACGUGCAUUCAAUUUCUAAAUAUGACAAGACUUUUUCAAAGAUUCAACACAGAGGCCCAGACGCAUGGAGAUUGGAAUAUGAUUUGAAAGUGAAAAAUGUCUGUCUUGGAUUUCAUCGUCUCGCGAUUAUUGACAGCCUUUACGGAAUGCAACCAAUGAAAUUGCACAAAUUUCCAUUUGUUUCUAUGAUUUGCAACGGAGAAAUUUUCAAUUGGAAACAGCUAGGAGAAAAACACGGUUUCAAUUACGAAACUCAAUGUGAUGUAGAGAGUGUGCUACAACUUUAUGGAAGUUUCGGUAUUGAUGAAACAUUAAAACAAUUAGAUGCAGAGUAUUCGUUCUGUUUGAUUGAUUCUCUAAAGAAAAAAGUAUUCGUUGCUAGAGAUCCAUACGGUGUGAGGCCAUUAUUUUACUUGGCGUCCAGCAAUGGUAUUUUGGGAAUAUCUUCUGAAGCAAAAGGUUUGACAUGUUUGGUCGAUGAACUUGGACUUACCGAAUGGGAAAUGAAGCCUUUCCCCCCAGGUCACAUGGCCGAGUAUAAUAUUUUGCCUGGCGGAAAACUGGAGUUGAUCUCAAUGAAUCGGUUUUUUAAAAUUGAGGAACCUAUAUUGCCGCCAGUACCUUUGGAAGAAGGCUUGACUGAAGAAAUUGUUCAUGCUAAUAUUCGUAAUUUACUGACACAAGCUGUUGAAAAGAGAAUGAUGUCGAAUCGUCGUAUUGGUUGCCUAUUGUCCGGAGGGUUGGAUUCCAGUUUAAUAGCUUCCAUAUUGGUUAAGUUGUCCAAAGAAAAAGGUCUCCCGUACCCGAUUCAGACAUUUUCGGUCGGGAUGGCGGACAGUCCAGAUAUAUUGGCGGCAAGACAAGUGGCCAAACAUAUAGGUUCGGAACACCACGAAGUGCUCUUUACCGCUGAAGAUGUGCUGAGCGUACUUGACAAAGUGAUAUACACGUUGGAAACUGCCGACAUUACAACAAUCAGAGCAUCGUGUGGGAUGUACUUGGUGUCACGGUACAUAAGUCAAAAUACGGACACGGUGGUCCUGUGUAGUGGUGAAGGUGCCGACGAGGUGGCACAGGGUUAUAUUUACUUCAGGGACGCGCCCACGCCAGACCACGCGCACAAUGAGAGUCUCAGGUUGCUGGGCGAUAUAUUCAUGUACGACGGUUUACGCGCUGACAGAACAACGGCCGCACACGGACUCGAAUUGAGAGUGCCUUUCUUAGAUUUGCGCUUUACGCAGUAUUUCCUGAGCCUCCCCAAGACGAUGAGACAGCCGCAAAACCAAGUUGAAAAACACCUCCUCCGUUCGGCGUUUGACGGCACAGGUCUGUUGCCGAACGAAGUGUUGUGGAGGCAUAAAGAAGCUUUCAGUGAUGGAGUUACAACAAUCAAAAAAUCAUUGUUCAAUAUUAUCCAAGAAUGGAUUGACCCGAAAUACACGGAUGAAGAUUUAAAACAAGCAGCAAUAAAAUACCAACAUUGCCCUCCGAAUUCAAAAGAGUCACUGUACUAUAGGGAUAUGUUCGAAAAAUACUACGAAGGACUAUCUACUAAAUUCAUGCCUUACUUUUGGAUGCCCAUGUGGACUCAAGUAAAAGAUCCAUCUGCAAGAUUUAUUCAACAUUAUGCAGCUAAAUAAUGUGCAUUUUUUAAAUUUUAAUGUUAAGCUUAAGUAUAAUAUACUGUAUUAUUUUGAACUUUAAUUAAUAACAAAAAUGUUUUUGUUUCGUAGGUAUUUAUAUAAUUAUAUUAGAUCCAUUGGUAUUUUUUUUAGUAAAGUAUUUUUAUAUUGAAAUUUAAAACUACUGAAUGGUGUUUAAAAGUUUAAUUGGAGUACCUAAUUAUUUACUAAGUAUUGUUUAUGCUUUAUACGAUAUUGAAAACGUCUAACGGAUUAUAAUUUGUGUUUAUUAUAACCGUUUAAUUAAUAUAAUAAAAAAAAUAAAAUACAAAAAGUAAAAA